AUGGCUGGAAUUAGCCAUGAGGGCCCAGAACCUGAUCGGAAGCCCCCCAAAAAUCCAACCGUGCCCGAUGAUGCAGCCGAUACCGACGAGGAGGAGUUUCACGAUGCGCGAUUCCCCGCCGAGGAAGAAGCUCGACUGCUGAAAGAAUCUCAAGCCAUCAAACAAGAAGCAAACCAGCUUUUUAGCUCCGCGUGCUACGACCAGGCCAUCUCUUUCUACGACCGCGCUCUUUCUUCCUGUCCCAGCUAUCUUGACUACGACGUCGCCGUGCUCCGGAGUAACAUCGCUGCUUGCUACUUGAAACUAGAAGACUGGAAGGCCGCAAUUGACGCUGCGACAGCAUCUCUUGAUCGACUGGAAAAGAUCAUCCCCACAAAUGCCUCAGAUGACAAGCAAAGCGACGGGAAACAGUCGAAUGCCACGAAUACUACCUCAGAGGAAAGCGGGGCAGUUGUCGAACUAUCUGCGGCAGAUGCAGAGGCAGAGGAGAAGCAGCUGGCACACUUGAAGGAGUUGGACACACAGCGUACAAACGUACUACGCAUUCGUGCCAAAUCUCUCAUGCGACGUGCGAAGGCGAAAUCCAGUCUGGGUGGGUGGGCCAACCUGCAGGGCGCAAUUGAGGACUACCAAGCUCUGAACUCGAUGGAAACGCUCCCAUCGGAUGAGAAGCGCAUCGUACAGAGGGCGCUUCGUGAGCUUCCUGCCCGUGUCAACGAGGCAAAGGAGAAGGAAAUUGGGGAGAUGAUGUCCAAGAUGAAAGACCUGGGCAACGGAAUCCUAAGGCCCUUUGGUCUGUCGACCGAUAAUUUCAACUUUGUCCAGGAUCCUAAGACUGGCGGCUACUCCAUGAACUUUCAAUCAUGA